AUGUUUGAAGAUGGUGACCUGUCCGUUGAGUACUCCUCGGACGACAAUUCCGAGCCUGAUGUAGAUCUGGAGAACCAGUACUACAGCGCCAAAUCUCGCAAGGAUGACAAUCCAAACGCCGCGAUAGCGGAGUUCGAGAAAGUGCUCGCAAUCGAAGCCACUGGCACAAAGGGUGACUGGGGCUUUAGGGCUCUAAAGCAGAUUAUAAAAAUCAAAUUUCGACUGGGUCGUUUCGAGGAGAUGAUGCAGGACUACAAAACCCUGUUGACGUACAUCAAAUCGGCCGUGACUCGCAACUACUCUGAAAAGUCCAUCAACUCAAUCCUGGACUACGUUUCCACCCUGAAGCAGGUAGACCUCCUGCAGAACUUCUACACCACCACUUUGGAUGCCCUGCUGGAGGCAAAGAAUGAACGUCUUUGGUUUAAGACAAACACUAAGCUGGGCAAACUCUUCCUUGAGCGCGGUGACUACAUGCAGCUUCAUCGUAUUAUCAAGGAGUUGCGCGAAUCCUGCCAGACACAGGAGGGCGCGGACGACCUCAAGAAGGGCACCCAACUGCUGGAGAUCUACGCUCUCGAGAUUCAAAUGUAUACUGCCCAGAAAAACAAUAAGAAACUCAAGGCUCUCUAUGAACAGUCGUUGCACAUUAAAUCGGCCAUUCCGCAUCCUCUCAUCAUGGGCAUUAUUCGAGAGUGUGGUGGAAAGAUGCACCUGCGGGAGGGCGAGUACGAGAAGUCCUACACUGACUUCUUCGAAGCCUUCAAGAACUACGAUGAGUCCGGCUCUCCGCGACGUACCCAGUGCCUCAAAUACCUCGUGCUUGCCAGCAUGCUGAUAAAAUCCAGCAUCAAUCCUUUCGACUCCCAGGUGUGUCCCCUCGUAUCUGCUUUAUCUACCCUUUCUGGAAGCUUAUUAUUUUGUUUUAAUAUUCGAAUAGUCACUGUGUGCUUGUUGUGAGUCUGAAUACUUCAGUGGAGGAAGGGUCAUACCUCGGACACUACAACUGCAGAAUAAUUGCACAAGUUGAAACUGUGCGCUCACGUUGUCCCCGGAUGGACAGCGCAGGGGAGGCUGGUAAUUUGACCGGAUGAGGGGAUGCCGUACCAUAAGACUCGGGUGGUGCGGUGAAAAGGGGCUUACAAGCAGGCCAAAGUCAAGUGUUUCUGCUUAAUGCCGCAUCACCUUUUCAUGGACGUUUAAUCCAGUACCAUGCUAUUUCUGAGUCACUUGGUUAGAUUCACCAGCUUUGUACAUUUAAAUCAAAUCAGUGUAUUUUGAGCAAACGACAGAAGCCGUUGAAAAUCCCGUUUAAAAAAAUACAAGUCUGCAUAAAGAGUAGUUAAGUUGUAAAGACUUGCAGGCAAUUCCAGAAUACGAGCUGCACAAGAUUAAUAGUGACAUAUGUGUGUUUAAAAGCUGGCAAAUUUCUUAAGUAAUGGCAAACAACCUAUUGACCGCAUCUAAAUGCAAUAUGUUCACCGGCGUUUGUAGUUAAUGCAAACAAAAUGGCUUAUUGAAAUCAAGAUAGUAGCAUGUUAAUAAUUAAAACAGUGACUUAUGAUAGGAGGUUUGGGGAGUUCUGGAUGAUCUUCAACAGAUGAGUAUCCAGACGCCCUUAAACACACUCAUUUUUUGAAAUUCCCGACAGACGUCAGCUAAAAAUUCCACUGUCGAAUGACUCUUUACAGAAAGAAGAUCGAACGUUGAUUGUUGUGGUGCAGUUCCUUUUUGAAUUGGCAAUCUUGACGUCGAAGGCUCGUCUUCGGUCCCAUUUCGAAAAGAUUUUCCCAAUCCACAUCAAGAUCGAGUCCCCGUAGCAACUGAAACGUUAGUAUAAGACCACCUUUGUCUUGUCUAUAGUGAAAGAAAUAGAGGUUUAAGGCGGCCAGGAGCUGUUCGUACGUCGACUUUUUUAUUCAGGAACAAUCUUUGUAGCACGCCGUUGUAUGCCUUCAAGAAUAUAUAUGCAGUAGAUGCGCUUACUCAUGAAAUGGCAACCAAAAUUUCGAAAUGCGUUCUCGUUUCGAAAAUAUAAAUUAAGUAGUGUUGUAAAACUAAUCAUGAUGCAGCAUAAAUCUAUAAUGAUCCAGUUAUCUCAGGGUGUCGGCUUUCGAAAGAACUUAUUUUCGGCUGCAUGCAAGAUCUAUACUGUGUAAAAAUGACUACUUUAGUAGUAUGCAAUUUUAUCAUUGAUUUUCGAUGCCCUUGAAAAUUCAAUUAUAUUUCAUGGAAAACAUGCAUAAAAAUAUUCAUUAUUUUACUUAUUUGGUAGAAAAUCACGUCUUCUUCCAAUUUCAUACUCAAAAGAAGAGUAUAAUUCGGUUUUAAAAAAGAUUUUUUAAUACCGUUAAAUGGCCGUUCAUGAAACAUCAUGUAUCUGCAUUUACGAAUGUGGCUUGUAAAGUUCACGAGUUGUACUCGAGUACAACUCGAUUUUUCCGAAGAACCUCUUCCUGUUUUCAUUAUAUCGGCCCGGAAUGCAUACCACCUCUGAUCUACUACAUAUAUAUGUGCUGGAAAACGGGCAUCCCAAGAAAUUUAAUUGAAAAUAAGUAAGAUUCUUUGGGAAGGGAAUAAACUUUAAUGAGUAAAUUUUCGAGUCUGGAUCCCCAGCUCGUCGUCAGACUUUUGGGAGGAAAGAUUUAAUCAUCUGACGUUUUGUACUCGUACUCGAGCACAUCAUCGGAGGCAGGCCAAAUGAGAAAUACAUGGUUAAAAUAGGCCAUUCGCGCUCGCGUCUGAUAGGUCGAUCCUAUUGCGCGCGUCAUUACGCGGGAAGGAAGGGGUCAGCGUGGACAGGAAAUAGGUUUUGGCAGGUCUUCGGUAGCCAUUUGCGUGAUUCACCGGCUGCGCUAUACGUACUAUUGACGCCGGCCCUUCUGACCCAGCCGCAUAUUGGCUGCGGAUUAUUGCAUCCAUACAAGUGGUAUACCGAUGAUGCCAGGUGACAUAGAUGCUGCCGCCUACGUCUAAUUUUCGCAUAUCGUUCAGUCGAGACAUAAACAUACUUAUAGGCUCGACUGGGCCGUUUUUACAUUAAAAGUCAAAAGCUGUCAAUUACUUUUGAGUGUUGUUCUGGUUAUACUAAAAUCAUCCCAGUAGUCUGCAAAAUCUAAAAUACUUGAUGCUUAAUGCCUUACAGACUAUAAGAAGUUUGCUCUAAAGGAAAAGUUGGUACAGAUAACUACCUCACUUUUAUCUGGCGCUGAUGUGAUAGGUGACAUAUCAUACAGGUUUGCAUAACCUAUACAAACCACUGCCGUCUAUAGGGCCCGCACUGCGGCCAUGAUUCAGGCGAAGAGGAGGUCAACUGUGACUCGAAUUACCAUAGCAACUGUACCAGGAUUGACAUAGGCCUUCGAAUUCCCUCCUUCCUCGUACAGUUAUGUUACUGCCUAUGCCACGGCGAUACUCCUAACCGGUGCAUAAAGAUCAGAGAGUCUUCGAGAUCUUCGAGCCUCCACAUUGGCUUAUCGUCAUUUUUCGGUUUGUUUUAUAGGAGACAAAGCCCUACAAGGAUGACUCCCAGAUCAUGGCUGUUACAAGUUUGGUCACUGCCUACCAGGAGAACGACAUCAAUGAGUUUGAGAAAAUUCUGCGCGAACAGCGCGCUGUCAUCAUGGAGGACGCCUUCCUGCGUGAGCACAUUGAGGCUCUGCUCUUCAACAUUCGUACGGAGGUUCUCAUCAAGCUUAUCCGGCCCUACACUCGAAUUCGCAUCCCUUUUAUCUCGAAGCAGUUGAAUCUGGAAGAGAGGGAGGUGGAGUCCCUGCUUGUGGCCUGCAUCCUUGACAACGUGGUUCAGGGUCGGAUCGAUCAGGCCAAUCAGAUGCUCAUCCUCAGCAGCGAACCCGUCUACGAGGCGCGCUACCAGGCAUUGGAUAAACUCUCCAGUAGACUCAAGAGCUUGCAGACCUCCAUCGUUAACCGUUUUUCCGUGAUAUACUAG